CAGAGGGACAGAGCUGAACACGCCCAGGGACGAUAUGGGGACUCCGAGGAUGCUGGCUCGCUCCCGCGCGCAGUAGACCCUUCCGUUCACACUGCGGUUCCAGUUUGGGUUCGGUGGCGGCGCUCAUUGUGUCCAGGCUCCGCAGGACUGCCCGGUGCCUCAGGUAUACCAUCAUGCCGAGGGUGGACGUGGAUCUAAAGCUGGACUUUAAAGACGUCCUGGUCCGACCCAAGAGGAGCAGCCUGCAGAGCAGAGCGGAGGUGGACCUGCAAAGAAGCUUCACGUUCCGCAACUCCCGGCAGACCUACCAUGGAGUUCCCAUUAUUGCAGCCAACAUGGACACCACAGGCACCUUCAAGAUCGCUCAGGCCCUGAGCAAACACACACUCUUCACAGCCAUUCAGAAGCAUUACUCCGUGGAGGACUGGAAGGCUUUUGCCGCCAAGAGUCCUGAAUGUCUUCAGUAUGUUGCAGCCAGCUCAGGGACCGGUAAGGCUGACCUGGAGAGGCUGUGUAACAUCCUGGAGAGUGUCCCAGAAGUCAAGUACAUCUGUCUGGAUGUGGCUAAUGGCUACUCAGAGCAUUUUGUGGAGUGUGUCAAGACUGUCCGGGACAGAUUUCCUGACCACACCAUCAUGGCUGGGAAUGUGGUGACAGGGGAGAUGGUGGAGGAACUGAUUCUUUCUGGAGCUGACAUCAUCAAGGUGGGCAUUGGACCAGGUUCUGUGUGCACAACACGCAUGAAGACUGGGGUGGGGUACCCCCAGCUCAGUGCUGUCAUGGAGUGUGCUGACUCUGCCCAUGGACUCAAAGGCCACAUCAUUUCAGACGGGGGAUGCAGCUGCCCAGGGGAUGUGGCCAAAGCCUUCGCGGCGGGGGCAGAUUUUGUGAUGCUGGGGGGCAUGUUCGCGGGGCAUGACCAGUGUGCGGGUGACAUCAUCGAGAAGAACGGUGUGAAGAUGAAGCUGUUCUAUGGGAUGAGCUCUGACACAGCAAUGAAGAAGUAUAUGGGAAGAGUUGCAGAAUACAGGGCCUCUGAGGGGAGGACAGUGGAGCUGCCCUAUAGGGGUGAUGUGGAAGAUACCAUUCUGGACAUACUCGGGGGACUGCGCUCCACCUGUACUUACGUGGGGGCCACUGAGCUGAAGGAGCUGAGCCGCCGGACCACAUUCAUCCGAGUUACACAGCAAGCCAGCAAUAUGUUCACCUGAACGGCCAUGCAGAUACACACCUGCACAAAUGACCAUGCAUGCAUGUAUGCACGCACACACACACACACGCACACACACACACACACACACACACACACACACACACACUCACACACACACACGCACACACACACACACACACACUCACACUCACACUCACACAUACACAUACACAUACACACACACACACGCACGCAAACACACACACACACACACACACACAUACACACACACACACGCAAACACACACACACACACACACAUACACACAGUGAUGUUCAAUCCUAUCCCAAGCAGGGAGAACCACAGAGGUGUGCACAGAAGUUCUAACAGGCAAAUAUAUACUGUAUACAGUUCACUGAUUCAGAUUUUGCAUCUCUAAUCUUUUUAUAGUCUAUGUGGGAGACAUACAGUAUGUUCCCCUCACAGCUUUGACCAAUGCACUCUGGUGAAAACAAACUUUUCUUUAUGAUCUAAGAAUGUUCUCAGUGUUGCUUCUGGGCCAUAGGCUGGUAUCAAAAGCAACAUCCUUCCUUCUCUCAGGGUGUCAGUGACUUGACUAAUCAGAUUCAAUAUGAACACUGUGCAAAGAAGAAAUCUGACAGCAUGGUUCAGAUGUUCGAAAAGCUAAACAGGCUGAGGCUAUGGACAGCUCUUCAUCAAAAUCACUAAUUUCAUUGCAGAUUCAGUUUAGAGACAGGUACAUAUGUGCACAAACAGAUAUCCUCCAAAUAUCUCUUCACUUAAACAGCUGAGGGUUUGGGAAUAGAGUAGAAUAGAAUAGAAUAGUCAGUGAAUGGUAUUGUGGGGAGUGGUUAAAUGUUAAAAGGAACCUUUAAAUCAAGUAAGAGGCACUUAUUUUGCUGCUUUCAGCAAAGUACAUAAUGUGAAUGGCUACAGUGAUUAUUAAAUGGAUCAUUAUGUCGAAAUGUAUGCACAUGUAUGAGGGUCUGUGAAGUAGAUAGUUAUUAUAAUAAUAUAUAUGCUGGCUUUCAUUUUUUAACUUUCCUCCUCUGAAUGAAUGAGUUUGUAUUUAUUACAUGUUGUCUCUAAUUUUGCAUGUAUGUGUAAAAUGCGUUGCUCUGUCUGUGUGUGUAUUGAGAGAGCUCUUCUCUGCUGAUGGUGAUGACUCAUUCAUUCUAUAGGUUGGUUGUAGUGAAAAGCUUGUUGAAAAGUGUAUUGAAAAGGUCCUGAAAAGCUUGUAGAAGGUUCAGGGGAUGAUAAAAAUAUGAACAUGAGGAUGAAGCAGUGAAACAAUGUUAAAUAAAAUGUUUAAAAUGGCA